AUGCGCGAUGACAACGACCCCCUCAACGAAUUCCUGAAGCCCUUCAGGAAGUUCAAGGAGCACGUCGACGACAACAUCGGCGCCGGAAUCCACACCAUCCUCGACUCCAUCCUAUAUCUCACUCCCUAUCAGUUAUCCAGAAGAGAUGCUCCGUCCUCGCCAGCCCUGGGCACCGACAUCACUCGCGGCAAGAACCUGCCUGACAUCCGCGCAUAUGAGAACAACAAGGCGUCUGAAGAGCUAGAACGGCACUUCGAUGAGCUACGCAAUCAUGGCACCAACUACUUCGAAGCAGCCCGCGCCUGGAGGCUUUUCCUUCUACGCUCCAAUUACUCCCCGGUCCGCCUUUCUCUCGAGCUCGGCUGGAAGCCCGUUCCCAGGGGUCUAAGCUCGGAAAUGGAUCCGACUUUGUUCGGCUGGGAGGACGCCUUUGAGGAUCUUCUGGCCGAAAGCUCGGCCAAGCCGAUGAGGAGUCUCGAAUCCCACUGGUUCACCAAGCAAUAUCCCCUCUAUCCGAAGUACCUCGAACAGAGCAAGACCGUGACCCCGGACAUGCUCCGAGCGCUUGAUAUGGACCAGAGGAUACGCUUCCGCAAGCUUGACGAGGCCUGGUUCCCGCUCUACUCUCGGUUGUUCGUCGACGCCUCCGACCGUCGUUAUUGCUCGCCGCGCAGCAUGGACGAGUGGAUCGAAUGGAGGAAGGCGGAGGCCAAGAAGGACGACUUCCACAACAACAUUCUUUCUCAGCUCGUGACAAACCUCGGAGUCGACGCUUCCCGCUGGGCCGACAACAAGAACAGGAAUAGGGACGAGGCCGUCCUAGAAAUGCAAGGACGCAUCAUCAACGACGUCAGCAACUCGAUCGGCAACGUGGUUGAUAUGUCCAGCGGCUUUUUUGACAAUCUGAACUGGUUCAUCAACAAGUUCGACCGCGCGUUAACCGAGGACACAGAACGGGAGUCGAAGAACAACAAGGAUUUGGCAGAGGCCAACAACUCGAAAAAUGACAAGAGGCAUCCUGACACGGAGCAGGAUUUGUCUGACGUCAUCUUGUCAGCUUUCAACGAGUCCAACCGGUCGCUGAGCACCCUCUUCAAGUCCAUUGCCAGCGAGGUCAAGGACACCAAGCGCUUCUUUGAUGACUGGAUCGAUUCUCAGGAUGGUGUACCAACGGACAGCAACAACAAUAACUCUGACAGUCUCGCCACCAAGUCCUCCAAUACCGAUAUCGCUCCUCGAGACAAUAGCACCGUCACCACCACCACUAGCACCAAUGAAAAGGGCAGGGUGACCGAGACCAUCAAGAAGGAAGAGUAUACUGACGCAUCCGGUGCCGUGCACAUCAAGCAGGAAAUCACCCGGAAGGAUGCCGAGGGCAACGUGAUUAGCAGAUCGAGCAGCCACUCGGUUUCAAGUAAGCGCUCUUGGUCUUUUGGCAGCAACGACAACAUCGAUGCUGAUGAAGACGACAAUAAGACCAACUCCUUCGCCAAGAAGGACCGUGAAGAUAAGGACGACCAUGACGGGAAAGAUGGGAAGAAGGAAGGGUGGUUCUGGAAGUAA